CUCUUUUAAGCACAGUUUGGGGGAGGAACAGAGUAGCAGCUGACAACCAACCAGAGGACUAGCCUGCUCAGGAUAAAACAAAGUCACAGAAGGGAGGGUUAGGUGACUUGGUCUUUGUAUCCUCAUGUUAGAACUAGAAACUCAGGGGGUGAAACUGGUAUCUUGUCUUGCUGAAGGCAGCUUCUGGGGCGAAGCAAGCAACUUGUCCACUCUUAAAGCCUUCCGCUUUUCUCAUUCCCAGAGGGACCCGCCCUAUCUGCCUAUUAGCUCAUUUACCUCCUCACAGUAUCUCAAGCAAAGUCCAAUCAGGAGACAGAUUCUACACUGAUUGUUCACCAGGGACAAUGGAUUCUAAAGCACUGUUAACUAAUAGAUGAUUAACAAUUGGAAAAAAGUAGAAGAGGGCUCUAAAACUUCCCAGAACAGCAGAGGCCCAAACCAGUACCACCUGUAAGCUAGAGCGGAGUGGAUAAUACAGAAUACAAGUACAAGGGGAUCCUUUCUCUUUUCCUCCCAAACACUGAGAUUCGGAACUCUGGAGAGGAUGUGGCUGCCCCAGGAAGAGGAAUGUUCCUGGGUAGCCCGCUGGAGCUAAUCUUUAGAUGGUGGAGGAUCUCUCUGAGGAACGAGUAUCGAUCAACAAAACCUGGAGAGGCUAAAGAAACCCAUGAAGACUUCCUGGAGAAUUCACAUCUUCAAGUUCAGAUUGCCUUAAUAUUUGGUGCUGGAAUAUUAGACUAUGUCUUCAACUUGUGCAAAGGCAAAUUUGACUUCCUGGAGCGGCUCUCAGACACUUUGCUCCUGCGCAUCAUCUCUUACCUGGACCUGGAAGAUCUCGUCCGUCUUUCUCAGACGUCCCGCAGGUUUGCCAAGUUGUGCGCCUCGGACAAGCUGUGGGAGCGGAUAGUUCGGUUGGCCUGUGACACCAUCACCCCUGACAUGAAGUCCCUGGCGGAGAACAUGGGCUGGAAACAGAUUUUCUUCACCAACAAGUUUCAGUUCCUGCGGCAGCUCCGCAAGCGGAAGCAGAGGCAGGGCACCCAGGGGGAGAAGCGGCUGUAGGGGACCGGCCCGCACUGGCUGGGAGCCGAGGCAUGGCCUGCUGCUGCCUGCAGGAUCCAGAUCUUUCUCGGCUCCUUUUCUUAACAACUGGAAGGUUUUGCUGCCUCCAGGAGCCCUUUGAAAUGUCCAGAAGACUUAGAUAACAAAUGCAGCAGAACCAAGCCACCCGAUGCCUGCCGUGGAGGCCAAAAUCGUGGCCCAAGUACAAGGGCGGCCACACACGGCACAUCUUCCCUACCCGCCGACACCCCUAAGAAGAGACUUCGGCUGUACACAAACAAUAAAUGAUUAUUUUGCAGGUUU